AACUUGUGGUAUGAAAACAAUGUCGAAGAUAUCAGUAUUAGAGAAUUGCAUUGUGAUAUAUUAGGACCAAGAAGGAUGAAUCUUGAAGCAGAUAUGUGGAGGGAAUGAGAAUGUGUGUUUUUACACCCAGUGAUGAGUUGGCACUAGAGGUACUUACGGCUUCAGAGAUCACUGGGGAGAAACUUUGGAGGAUGCCCAUGGAGGAAAGUUAUUGGGAGUCCAUGAAAUCAGGAGUGGCUGAUAUGGUGAACACUGGUGCUCAUCAAGGUGAUGCUAUCAAUGCUGCUCUUUUCUUGAAGCAGUUCGUUGAUAAGGAAGUUCAGUGGAUGCAUAUUGAUAUGGUUGGCCCUGUUUGGAAUUAUAGAAGUGACAGCGCAACUGGAUUUGGUGUUGCAACGCUUGUCGAAUGGGUGCUAUCCCACUCUCCCUUUGCUUUAAUUUACAUGCCUCACAUAAAAUGCAAUAUUAUAUAACCUGAAAUAGACUCCAGGAUAUUAUGGAUAAUUCUUGGGAUGUGUGGAAUGAUAUGAAUAAGAACCCUGCUACAUGUACAUGGGAUUUCGCCAAGGUUCAUUGUCAGGGCCGCUCGUUUCAUUGGCAGUUGACCAAAAAAUAAAAUAAAAACAACACAUACAGUCUGGCAAAAAAAAUUCUCUAAAUAAAGUUGGUUUUGGAAGAAAUGAAGCCAUUUCAUGUUUGUGGCUUCUUCAACAUUCUUCUUUUACGUUUCA